AUGGAUGCCGCACAUGCAAAAAGUGCAAAAGAAAUACUCGAGUACUUAAAGGUCGACCCUGAGACCGGACUAACAAGUGAUCAAGUAGAAGAGGGUUAUAAAAUCCACGGACGAAAUGAACUUCCCCCUGACGAGCCGACAUCAUUGUGGAAGCUGGUCUUGGAACAGUUUAAAGAUCAACUGGUCAUCAUACUACUUGUAUCCGCAGCUGUCUCUUUUAUUCUCGCGUUGUUAGAGGAAAGUGACGAGAAGGGAACAGCAUUCGUCGAACCAAUAGUCAUAUUGUUGAUUUUGAUAGCGAAUGCCAUAGCAUUGAAAGAGUACGCUCCAGACGAAACAAGAGUAUGGCGUGGUGGCUAUUUAGUAAAAAUAAAAACAUCCGAGCUUGUCCCAGGAGAUAUAAUUGAACUAUCAAUAGGAGAUAAAAUUCCUGCUGACGCUAGACUGUUGAAGAUCAAUUCUUCUACAUUUAGAGUUGACCAGGCGCUUCUUACUGGCGAAAGCGUUAGUGUGAAUAAGGACACUGCGGUAGUGGAAGACUUGCGAGCUGUUUUGCAAGAUCAAACCAAUAUUGUAUUUUCGGGUACAACGGUCGUUUCGGGAAAAGCUCGCGCUAUAGUAAUACAUACUGGCCCUAACACUGAAAUUGGUGGCAUACAUAAAAGUAUUUCUGAUCAAGAUUCCGAAAAGACACCGUUAAAGAAACAGCUCGACGAUUUUGGAGACAUGCUUGCGAGGGUCAUUUCCGUAAUCUGCAUUCUAGUCUGGAUUAUAAAUAUAAACCAUUUCAACGAUCCCAGUCAUCAUGGAUGGCUUAAAGGCGCGAUUUACUACUUUAAGAUAGCUGUGGCACUUGCCGUGGCCGCCAUUCCAGAAGGGCUUGCCGUAGUAAUUACGACUUGUUUAGCAUUGGGAACUAAAAAAAUGGCAAAGAAGCAUGCUAUCGUGAGAUCACUACCUUCUGUCGAGACAUUGGGCUGCACCAGUGUUAUCUGUUCGGAUAAAACAGGCACAUUGACAACCAAUCAGAUGAGCGUGUCAAGGAUGGUCAUUGUUGAAAAUGACAGAGCCAAACUCGAAGAGUUUUACGUAAAUGGCACAAGUUACGCGCCUGUUGGAGACAUAACAACUCCGGAUGGUAAAAUACUAAGUUCGCUGCCGGCCACAAAACCAACGAUAAACGAACUAGCUCAAAUCUGUGCAUUAUGCAAUGAUGCUCGUAUCCUGUGCGAAGAGGGAUCAUUGAUACACCAAAAUAUCGGGGAACCGACUGAAGCUGCGCUAAAGGUACUUGUAGAAAAACUUGGCACAGAAGACACGCUAUUUAAUGCAGGGCUUCUGGGUUAUUCGCCAAAAGAACGCGCGACUGCUUGCAGCGACUAUUAUGAGAACAAAUCAAAUCGGAUUGUAACACUCGAAUUCACAAGGGAUCGUAAAUCCAUGUCUGUUCUUGUUAGUCAACCAUCAGUAUCAAAUUUUGGUGCAAAACUUCUCGUCAAAGGUGCACCAGAGUCUGUUCUCGACAGGUGUACUCACGUUAUGGUUUCCUCGUCUUCUGUCCCGAUUCCGUUGACACCCCAAAUUCGCUCUCAAUUAAACAAUAAAUUAUACGAAUACGGACGGCAAGGAUUGCGUGUACUAGGAAUGGCUGUGAGAUAUAAUCUAAACCCGUCGGAUUUCGAAGUUUUGCCGAAUUUCACUGCCCAUGAGCAGAAUAUGACUUUUGUUGGUCUUGUUGGCAUGUUGGACCCACCUCGUCCGGAGGUUAUUGAUGCUAUAAAGAAAUGUGAGACCGCUGGUAUUAGAGUCAUCGUGAUUACGGGAGAUAAUAAGGCGACUGCCGAGGCUAUAUGUAAAAAGAUUGGAAUAUUUGGUGAGGACGAGGAUUUAACUGGAAAAUCGUAUACCGGUCGAGAGUUUGAUGAGUUGUCAACAGAAAAAAAAUUCGAAGCCGUAAGAAGAGCUAGUUUAUUCUCGAGAACCGAACCGGCACAUAAGAGUCAACUUGUAGAUUUACUAAAAAGUCAAGGAGAAGUUGUUGCAAUGACAGGUGACGGUGUAAAUGAUGCGCCAGCUCUGAAGAAAGCAGACAUUGGAAUAGCAAUGGGCUCCGGUACGGAUGUAGCUAAAUUAGCGGCAGAUAUGGUUCUGGCUGAUGAUAAUUUUGCUACAAUUGAGCAAGCUGUAGAAGAAGGUCGUUCAAUUUACAAUAAUACCAAGCAAUUCAUAAGAUAUCUAAUUAGUUCGAACAUUGGAGAAGUUGUCAGUAUCUUUUUGACUGUGAUCCUUGGCAUGCCCGAAGCUUUGAUUCCUGUACAAUUACUUUGGGUGAAUCUAGUAACGGACGGUCUUCCUGCUACCGCUCUUGGGUUUAAUCCACCUGAUCACGAUAUCAUGCGUCUUCCUCCCCGUAGGGGUCAAGAGCCAUUGGUUGGAAAAUGGUUGUUUGUGCGAUAUUUAAUCGUUGGAAUGUAUGUUGGCAUGGCAACUGUUUUUGGAUACGCUUGGUGGUUCAUGUACUAUUCUGGUGGACCACAAAUUAGUUACUACCAGCUGACUCAUUUUCACAAUUGCGAAAGUCUAUUCCCCGAGAUCGGUUGCCAGAUGUUCGCCAACGAGAUGUCUCAACGAGCUACUACAAUCUCGCUGUCAAUUCUGGUGACAAUAGAGAUGCUCAAUGCGAUGAAUUCAUUGAGUGAAAAUGAGAGCUUGCUGACAUUGCCACUUUGGAGUAAUAUAUACCUUGUACUGUCAAUCAUACUCUCAAUGGUGUUGCAUUUUGUGAUUUUAUAUGUGCCUUUGUUCACGACAUUGUUUGACAUUGUGCCACUCAAUCUUGCAGAGUGGGAAGCGGUGUUGGUUAUUUCAUUGCCUGUGAUUUUUAUUGAUGAGGCACUCAAGUACAUAACUAGAACUUGCAUUAAUCCACCAACAAAACUCAAGAAAGAAUAG